ACUUGGCUAUGACAAUUACUUCAGAUUUUUCAAUGAUGCGUUCUUGCAUAUCUACUUACACUCUCCAAGAUUUGAAUUCAAUACCUGGACAAGGCCGAGUCAAUCAAUUGGGAGGUAUUUUUAUUAAUGGUCGGCCACUUCCCAACCACAUACGAUUGAAGAUUGUAGAAAUGGCAGCUCAAGGUGUUCGUCCAUGCGUUAUAUCAAGAAAACUUCGAGUAUCUCAUGGGUGUGUUUCAAAAAUUUUAAACCGAUAUCAAGAAACUGGGAGCAUAAGGCCUGGAAUAAUCGGUGGCAGUAAACCAAGAAUAGCUGCACCAGAAGUUGAAUCAAAGAUUGAAAAUUAUAAAAGACAAAAUCCAAGUAUAUUUUCAUGGGAGGUUCGAGAUAGAUUAAUUAAAGAGGGAAUUUGUGACAGAACAAACGUCCCAAGUGUUUCAGCUAUUUCUCGGCUCAUAAGAGAUCAAGAUUCUAACUUUCAUGAUCACAAUGAAAGAAAAGUAAGUUCAGGUUCUGAUUGCGAAAGUGAGCCUGGAAUACAACUGAAAAGAAAACAACGUAGAAGUAGAACGACAUUUACAGCUUCACAGCUUGACGAGCUCGAACGUGCUUUUGAACGAACUCAGUACCCAGAUAUUUAUACACGUGAAGAACUAGCUCAAAGAACUAAAUUAACCGAAGCUCGUAUUCAAGUUUGGUUUAGCAAUAGAAGGGCUCGAUUACGUAAGCAGUCUUCAUCUAACAGUUUUGGAGGCUCAGUAUCUUAUCCAACUGCUGCAGUCGCAGCUGCAACAACGUUUUCCAUUCACCCUCCUUCACUUACAGUAAAUAACGCAUCUGGACCAACUGCAGAAAUUCAUAAUUUCAAUACCUAUUCAUUAUCAAAAUCCCCUGUGCACUCUACAAUGCAAGGAAUGUAUAUAGUUCAGAAUGGACCAAUGAAUCACUGUGUCACACCUCAUCUUAAAUGCGAUUCUUCAAAUCAAAAAACGUCAACAUCUAAUGUUCAUUCAUCUUCCAGCUUGCAAACUCCAAGUUCAUCCACUUUGUGUACUCCGGUCCACAAUUUGAUUUUAAGCCCAGGAUCGGUUGCUUCACCUUCAUUGAGCCAACAGUCAAAUUUUCCACAUAAUUUACCACCUACACCCAAUUCCCUAGUCACCGUUUUAGGUCCUAAUUCAAGUAGUUCUAAUUCAACAACAGAUCAAUUAACAAACUCCGAAGUUAUAACAAACUCUGCAUCUCCAAUACCGCAUCAGUAUCCGCAAUAUCAACAACAAUUUUCAACUAGUCAAGCGUGGAAUCCAUUAUCUGUCAAUUCAGAAUAUAUAACAAGACUCAACUCCCCAAAUACAUCUCAAUCGUUAUCAAUGUCUACCGUGCCUAAUGAAAUUCACCAAGCUGCCGUUGCAGCAGCCCAUUUACAUUCCACCCAUCAACAUAAUCCAUUCUCAAAUCAUCAUUAUUCUCAAAAUUUUCCCCAACCAAGACCUUCCAUGCAUCAGUCUUUUUACAAUUGGUAUAGCUAA